UGUGCAAACUGGUGUAAACAUGCGGCAUGUUGUGGGCAUGCCAGGGUUGUAGCAUAGUGGGUGUAGAACCGUCAAUCGGUGAGAAGUUAUUGUAGAGCUGUGACAGGGUAUGCUUGCUGUCUACCAGAUAUCUGGCUUUUAUCAGAUAUCUGGCUUUUAUCGCACAAUGGCCAGCAAAACCCUGCUUGGGCUGGAGCUUCCCGAGGUAGUUUCCAGGCUAGAAGUUUUUGCUCCAACUCGGCUGGCUGAGUCAUGGGACAACGUUGGACUUCUGAUUGAGCCAUCGCCCCCCAAAAUGGUUCAGACGGUGAUGUUGACCAAUGAUCUGACGGAGGACGUCAUGUCCGAGGCUGUGGAGAAGAAGGUGGACCUCAUUCUCAGCUACCACCCUCCAAUCUUCCGUGCGCUGAAGCGACUCGCCUUCUCCAAGACGUGGAAGGAGAGGAUCGCCGUCACGUGCCUCGAGAACCGGAUAGCCGUGUACUCGCCUCAUACCUGCUACGACGCGCUCAACGGCGGCGUCAACGACUGGCUGUGCGAGGCGUUCGGCCGCGCCCGCGUGACGCCGCUGACGCCCAGCCUGGGUGCCGAGCCGCCGCUGCAGGUGCUGGUCCCUCUGCCGCCGGGCCCCGUCCGCCAGCUGGACUGGGUUGACGACCUACACGAGCUGUGCCGCCAGCUGCCAGGCGCCUCCGUCGAGGCCAGGUACCAGGACGUGGUGGGCGACGUGCGCACGCUGGGCAGCCCGCUGUCAGAGGGGCCGCAGCCGCGUCUCCAGCUGGUGGUGACAACGCCGCGCGCUCACCUGGCGGCCGUGUCGGCCCUGCUGGCGGCCGCCGGCGUCCAGCCCGGCUGUCGGGUCACCGCGGCGGAGAAGGUACCGGAGCCGGGCCGCGGCGCCGGCCGGCUGGCCGAGCUGGACACCAAGCUGACGCUGACACAGGCCGUCGACGCCGUCAAGGCGCACCUGGGCCUGCAGCACGUGCGGCUGGCGGAGGCCGUCGGCAAGCCGAGCGACUCGCCGGUGCGCACGGUGGCGGUGUGCGCCGGCUCGGGCGGUUCGCUUCUGGCCGGACGGUCGGCCGAUCUCCUGCUGACCGGCGAGAUGUCUCAUCACGAGGUGCUGGACGCCACGCACGCCGGCAGCCACGUGGUGUUGUGUGAGCACAGCAACACGGAGCGCGGCUUCCUGAAGCGGUUGGCGGAGCGGCUGGGGACGCUGCUUUCCGGCCAGGUGGAGGUGAUGACCUCGCAGGCAGACCGCGACCCGCUGCGGGUGGUCUGACGGCCGGCGGGCGUCGCGCUGCGGCGCAGAC